UGAAGAUGUCUGUGUCUUCGCUCUACCUCAAACAAGACAACAUUGUGCGCUUCAAGAGGAGAAAGGCACGUUUCUCCUUCAGUGAAGUGCACAUCCUGCUGGACGAAGUGCGGAAGAACCGCCACAUUGUUGUGGGUAAGUUUAACGCCGGCGUUCCCUCUGACGUGAAGCGCAGGAAAUGGGCUGAGAUCACGGCACGUGUUAAUGAGAUUGGAGAGUGUGACAGAGAGAUCAUGGAGGUGAUCAAGAAAUGGUCAGAUCUUAAGUGCGACACGAAACGUAAAUUGGCUGCCCUGCGGACGGGUCUUUUGGUGUCCCAGAGAUUGGCACGGUCCAAUAUUGAACUGUCCCCAAUGGAAGUCAUUGUGGAAUCCAUCCUCGAUCUGGACAAGAGACCGUGGGAAGUUACACAGCGGUCCAGAUCUCGCAGUCAAGGUGACGAUCAAGAGGCUGUGUGUGAGGAUGAGGAAGAGGAGGAUGGAGGGUUUGUGGGGAUGGGGUCGGUCAACAGUUCCCCGAGCAGAGGAAUGGAUGUGGGAGGAAUGCCUGCUAUUACAAGUGGAUCUGGGGGUGCAAGUGAGGUGCAUUAUGACAACUCCAAAACUGGAGAUCCCGAAUCCCACUUAGACUCAGAUGAGGACAACCGUGACCUCUUCCCAACAUCCUCUAUGGCAUCUGUCACUAACUCGUACUCUGAGGAAGAUGGAAUUGCAACUAGAGGCAGUACUGGACACGUUUCCUCCACAGCCACCACUUCUACUAAAAGACCCUCAUCUUUCUCAGGGGUGGAGCCAGACAGUUCACGUGAGCAGUUAGUGCACAGUGCAAGCCUUAGCGUGCAAGAGCAGCACACCACCAACACUCUUCUUGCCACAGUCUCCCGUUCACUUGAGCUCCUAGCCGAGUCAGUGCAGCAGCUAGCAGAGACGCAACAGGAGUUUGCACGAGAAUCACUGCAGCUACAGAGGGACACUGUGCAAGUGUUGCGAGAUUUUGCCUCUGGCACGCUAACGAUACUGCAUGAAAAAGUCAACGGCAAACCUGCAUUGUGAAAUUUGUGUUUAGCAAUCAAAUGACAACCAACAAGCAACACGGUGUGUGACACAUUGUUGAUACGAUACUGCAGCCAGGCUGCAAAUAUUGUGUGAUAUAGACAGACACAACUUCUCACUGGAACCUUGCUGACCAUCACAAGGUUCAGUGUCAGGAUGUCAAAAUACUGUGAUUAAGUGCAAAGGCGACUAUUUGAGAAGAUGAUUUUGUAAAAAAUUCAAAGAUGUUAACAUUUGUACCUACUCUCUGUUUAUCAAUAGGACACGCUUAGGGUUUUUGUUUUUAGUGAAUGGUAAACAAUAGUGAGACCACAAAGGGAUUUUGUUUGUGCCAUCUUCCACAACAAAAUAUUACUUUUUUCUUCAUUCACCACAUUAUCACAUAGGGAUUGUUGAGAUUAACCUGCUGUGGGGUGAUUCACAGGACCUACUUUUAAAAUUCAUUUUAAUUGAUGAAUU